GCCCGCAGGCUGGGAAGAUUUUUUUUUUCAAAAUGAGAGAAAAUGUCUAUAAAAAAAAAAUCCAAUAGAAAUUCUCCAACGCCCCAAUAGAGAUUCUCCGUAUAGAGAAUCUCCCGCGUCGAAUCUAUCGGCUCCCGCUUUGUCUUCGGUUGCGUCUGCUCUUCGCCUUCGCCUGGCGCAAAGAAAAGCUGCUGACCUUCCUCUGGCGCAAAAGGCCGCUCUCGCUUGACUUUUUCAAAGUGCUUUUUUUGUUCCGUGCCCAUGGACGGGGAAAAAAGUUCCUGUGCAUGUUUCGGCCUCCGGGGGUUCAGCUUUUUCAUUCUUUAUUUGCCCGCCGUCAGUUGCGGGGAAAGAAAGAAUAACUCCGCACCGACCUGGCGGCCGGCGUAGGGGAAAUAGAGAAUAUUGCGCACACUGUGCGCGCGCGGGCUUCUUUUUGGGCGGCCAGACGUUCUUGCUCGCCGAUGCGCGGCAUCUGGCGGCGUGGCGGAAAUGAAAAAAAUUUGUGCGCGCUGCGUCGCGGGGGCUUUUUCUUGUGAGCAGCCGGGCGCCUCUUUUCGCCGGCCCGCGCACCACAUCAAUCUUGUGGCGUGCUGGGAUCGAAAAAUAAAUAUGGGCGCCGCUGCCAGCGCGCCGCGCUUUGUAGCGAUGCGGGAUCGAAUUCAAAAAAUUUUCGUGCGCUGCGCGCGCGCGAGUUUGCUUCUCUGAGCGGCCGCGCGCUCUCGUUGCAUGCCCGCGCGCCGCGCUUUGUGGCCAUGCGGAAUCGAAUUCAAAAAAUUUUUGCGCGCUGCGCGCGCGCGAUUUUGUUUCUCUGAGCGGCCGCGCAGUCCCGUUGCCCGCGCGUCGCGCUUGGUGGCCAUGCGGAAUCGAAUUCAAAAAAUUUUCGGGCGCUGCGCGCGCGCGGGGCUUUUUCUCUAAGCGGCCGCGCACCCCCGCCGCCGGCCCCCCCGUGCGUCGCGCUUUGCUGCGGUGCGUGUGGAAGUGAAUUCAAAAAAUUUUUGCGCGCUGCGCGCGCGCGAGUUUUUUUCUUUGAGCGGCCGGGCACUCCCACCGCCCGUGCGUCGCGUUUGGUGGCGGUGUGGGAUCGAAUUCCAAAAAAUUUCGUGCGCUGCGCGCGCGCCAAUUCUUUUCUUUGAGCGGCCGCGCGCUUCCGUUGCCCGUGCGCCGCGCGGGGUGGCCAUGCGGAAUCGAAUUCAAAAAAUUUUCGCGCGCUGCGCGCGCCCGAGUUUUUUUCUUUGAGCGGUCGCGCACCCCCGUCGCCCUCUUCGCGCGCCGCGCUUGGUGGUGGUGCAUGUGGAAGCGAAUUCAAAAAAUUUUCGCGCGCUGCGCGCGCGCGAGUUUUUUCCUUUGAGCGGCCGGGCACUCCGAUCGCCCGCGCGCCGUGUGUUGUGGCGGUGUGGGAUCGACUUCCAAAAAAUUUCGCGCGCUGUGCGCGCGCGAAUUUGUUUCUCAGAGCGGCCGCGCACCCCGGCCGCCCGAGCGCCGCGCGUCCCUUUUGGCAGGCGAUGGGAAUGGGGCCGAAUUCGAAAAAAAUUUCGCGUGCUGCGCGCGCGCGAAUUUUUCUCUCUGGGCGGCCGCGCACCCCCGGCGCCCGCGUGGCGCGCCUGGUAGCGAUGGGUGCAGAAUCGAAUGCGAAAAGUUUUUGCGCUUCUUUUUCCUUGGUCGGUCGCGUAUUUUCGUCGCCCGCGCUUCGCGCUUGGUGGCGAUGUGGGGUCGGGCUACAAACUUUGUGCGCGCUGCGCGCGCGCUUUUUCUUCUACUGGGCGCGCGGCCGCGCACUCCUUUGCGCGCGCCACACAUGGUGGCGCGUUUGCUGGGAUUGACAAGAAGUUCUCGCGCAUUGAGGUCGCGCGCGCGGAGUGCGGAGGUGAUGGGUUAAAUUCUCUCGCGCGGGCUGCAGCCAUGCGUCGUGGUUGGAUCGAUGGAAUGGGAUAAAUUCUCCUGCGUUGCGCGCCUGGUGUCCGUUUUUUCGAGCAGGCGGCGCGCGCUCCUUUUCGUGCGCCGCGACCCCCCUGCGUUGUUUGCGGGAAUGAAAAAAAAAACUCCUCGCGCUCCGCCCGCCUGGGCUUUUUCUUUCGUGCUGGCUCCCUUUUUCUGCGCGCCGCACCUAGGUGGCGGCCGGCGGACCGACGUUGUGGGGGCCAAAAAAAAAUUCGCGCGCUGCGCGCGCGGGCCACCUCUCGGGCAGGCGCGUGGGUGUUCUCGCGUGCCGUGUCUGGCGCCGUGGGUGGGAGGCCGCUAAGUGGGUCCAUCAAAGAUUUUCGAGGAGCGCCGCGCGCUCCUACGUUAUCGCGCGCCACACCUAGCUGGUGUGGGCGUGUGUCGCGAAGAUAAUCGUGCGGGCUGCCGCUAGACGGCCGGGCUGCGCCCAGGCUUUGCAGGCUAGCGAAGCCUUGGUUGAGAGGCUGGCAGACUAGCGCCCAGGCUUUGCAGGCUAGCGAAGCCUUGGCGCCAGGCUGGCAGGCUAGCAAAGCCGGGGUGCCAGGCUGGCAGGCUAGCAAAGCCUGGGUGCCAGGCUGGCAGGCUAGCAAAGCCUGGGUGCCAGCAGGCUGGCAGGCUAACAAAGCCUGGGUUGCCAGCAGGCUGGCAGGCUAGCAAAGCCUGGGCUGCCAGGCUGGUAGCCAGGGCUCCUGGGUUGCUGGCUGGCAACCUAGCAUCACAGAUAGAGAAUCUCUAUCCCAGAUAGAGAUUCUCUAUCCCAGAUGGAGAAUCUCUAUUUGGGAUGGAGAGUCUCUAUUUCGGCUUCGCCACUGGUGGAGGAGCUGCUGAAAUAUAGUAAAAAACAUGUGGGAAUCUAGGAUAAUUUCAUAUGACAAGAGAGAAGAUCUGUUCGUGGACAUGCGUGACAACCUGAACCUCUACAGCCAUGUCUGA